AUGUUCACACACUACCUGACUGUGCCUAUUACAACUGUUGAGUUAUGUGGGACAGCCGUGGUAUUACUCCGCACUGUAGCUCUUUCCACAGAGAGCUUAUUGAUCAUUGAAGUUUUUCAUUCCUCUGAAAAAAAUAGGAAGUAUCUUUCCCAGGCUUCAUUUGUGUUCUUAAAUAUAUGCAGGAAUAUAUGAGGAAAAGCCCUACAAGGUAACUUCAUACAUCAUUCUAUGAGUAUGUCACCACACCAUGGCCACCAUAAAGUACCAAUAGUUCUUUACUGUGGAUCAUUGGGCCUCUACCCAUUUUGUUGCCAUACCCUUCCGUGCUUCUCUGGAAAUUUGCAAAAUUCAAUUGUUUCCUGUACAUGAAAUACCAAAAAACCUAAUAUGAUGGAUGAACAAAGGAAUUCCUUGGAUUAAUUAUCUAACCAGGUUAGUGAGUUCAAGAACCAAGUUCUCAUUUUGACCACAGGAGUUUGGAGAAAGCAGAGCCAUUCUUUUGCUCACAAACCAGUUCAGUUCCAUGGUUUAGAUCAUACUGUACUAAAGGUACGGUUGACUGACACCAAAACACAUGGUUUAUAUAUUAUCCACCCAGAAGGAUCUAGUUACUCCUUUGAGGUAAUAUGUGACGUGGAUUACAGAGGAAGUGGAUGGACUAUGAAAUAGAAAAGAAUUGGGGUCUCUGACUUCCAAAGAUUGCAGCAUAUUUUUAAAGGUGAAUUUUGAGUAGGACUAAAAAAAGCCUUUUACGUAAUUAAAAGAAAUACCAGUUUUAUGCUGUAUGUUGCACUGGAAUCUGAAAGUGACACAUACUCUUAUGCAUCAUUUGAUAAUUUUUGGCUAGAAGAUGAAAUGAGAUUUAAAAAAAUGCACUUAGGACAGUAUCCAGGAAAUGCUGAUAAUGCGUAUCUGGGCUUCAGAAAAGAAGAUAAUCAAACUGCAGUGCCUUACUGUGAUUCCUCUGUGUAGAGCUGUGCCCAUCUCAGUAUCACUGGCUGGUGGUUCAACCAGUGAGGUCUCUGCGAAUUUGAACUUCCUGGAAAGUUGCUAGCAACUGAUAUUCAACUGGGCACAUGGACCAAAAAUAACUUACCUGUCAAGAUUAAAUCUGUUUUAAUGUAACUUAGAAGAGUUUACAACCCUUAUUUUAACUAA